UUCAGCUGCGUGUGGACGCGCGCGCUGUGAGUGGCGACGCUCCCCAAACAAAGAGCCAGGACACACACGCAUACGCACACGCACGCGGGGCUCACUGCUGCAGCAGCUCAGAAACACACACACACACACACACACACCUCUCCAGUGCAGUAGACCAACUCUCCUCAACCUGCAGCCAUCAUGACGUCUAACGGAACCAGCGACAUGCUGACCAUCCAAUUCGGACUCAUCAAUUGUGGAAACAAGUAUCUCACAGCUGAGACGUUCGGCUUCAAGAUCAACGCGUCAGCCACGAGCAUGAAGAAGAAGCAAAUCUGGACGCUGGAGCAGGAUGGUGAUGACUCGAACGUGUUCUUCUUGAAGAGCCACCUGGGCCGCUACAUCGCCGCCGACAAGGACGGCAACGUGACUGGAGACACCGAGGCGCCGAGCGACGACUGCCGCUUCGUGGUGACGGCGCACGAUGACGGCCGCUGGUCCCUGCAGUCCGAGCCGCACCGGCGCUACCUGGGCGGCACCGAGGACCGCAUCACAUGCUUCGCGCAGAGCGCGGGCCACGCGGAGAAAUGGAGCGUGCACAUCGCCAUGCACCCGCAGCUCAACCUGUUCAGCGUGACGCGCAAGAGAUACGCGCACCUGAGCGCCAAGGACGACGAGGUGGCCAUCGACCGCGACGUGCCGUGGGGCGUAGACUCGCUCAUCACACUCGUCUUCCAUGAGCAGAGGUAUCAUCUGCAGACCUCGGACAACCGAUUUCUCAAAAAUGAUGGCAGCCUGGCGCAGAAGCCCGACAAGAGCACCGGCUACACGCUGGAGUUCCGCUCCGGGAAGGUAGCGUUCCGGGACGGAGUGGGGAAAUACCUGGCCCCCUCCGGACCCAGUGGCACCAUGAAGUCCGGCAAGAGCACCAAAGUGGGCAAGGACGAGCUGUUCGUCCUGGAGCAGAGCCACCCUCAAGUAGUGCUCACCGCUGCUAAUGACAGGAAUGUGUCCACCAGGCAAGGGAUGGACCUGUCCGCCAACCAGGAUGAAGAGAGCGAUCAAGAGACCUUUCAGAUGGAGAUCAGUAAAGAUACAAAGAAGUGCGCUUUCAGGACCUGCACUGGAAAGUACUGGACACUGACUGCUAAUGGUGGACUGCAGUGCACCGCUUCUACCAAGACUGCCAACUGCUAUUUCGAUAUCGAAUGGCGUGGCAAGAAAAUUACCCUCCGUGCCUCCAAUGGAAAAUAUGUGGCAGCCAAAAAGAACGGGCAGCUGGCUGCCAGCAUUGAUUCUGCAGGAGAGUCUGAGGAGUUCCUGAUGAAGCUGAUCAACAGGCCCAUCAUUGUGCUGAGGGGAGAGCACGGCUUCAUUGGCUGCAGGAAGGUCACUGGGACUCUGGACUCCAACCGAUCCUCUUACGAUGUCUUUGGUCUGGAGUUCCACGGUGGGGCCUACAGUUUCCAAGAUUCCACUGGGAAAUACUGGAUGGUAGGGAGUGAGUCCUCAGUUGUGAGCAGCAGCGAUACCCCAGUCGAUUUCUUCCUGGAGUUCUGCGACUACAACAAGGUGGCCAUCAAGUCGAGUGAAGGGAAGUACCUGAGAGGAGACCAUGCUGGUGUUCUGAAGGCCAAUGCUGAUGACCUGGACAGCUCCACUAUGUGGGAGUAUUAGAAGCGCUCAAGUGACCACCAUUAUUUUUUUAUUUCUUUUUUUUUUUCUUUCUACAUAUUAAAUAUGACUUUGUUUUCACCAUGAGCACAAGUGGGUAGGAGAGUAAAAUGAAGGUCUAAGAGUUAAAGUGGUUUUGGUGGUUUAAAUAGACACCAGUGAUGAAGACUCUCUUUAAAAUAAGCAUAUUCAUACUCCAGCAUUCUGGUGCCAUGGAAUUCUAGCAGUGUUAUGCAGAUUUCAUAGGCCAAAACUCAAUGUGUGUCAGCGCUAAAUUUCUAGGGGCUUUAUCUGGUCCCCAAAUUUUGUAUACUGUGGUAAAGUCUUGUGGUUUGUUAAACAAUUUGACUGGAAUUAAAAUUGAUACAGAGUCUGAGGAGAAGUGUGUACCCAGUGUUCUCACAGGUUUGCUGGAUCUCCUCAGAGACAAAUGUUGGGUGGGAUUUUUUGCGAUCCCUUUCCUUGUCUUUGCACAGUUCUGUAAGAGCCUUUCUCUUUCAAUAUGUUGUGUGUUAGGAGAAUGUUGUGUAUCCCGAUGCCUUGUCGAACCCGGUGAGGAUUAGCUUUUUGUUCAUUACCCUUCUCUAUAAUAUUGCCAGGUGUUAAAAUCCCAUUGACCAGAAGACUAAUGGCAAUCUUUAUUAGUAGUUGUAUGAAUGUUGAUGUAUGACUGUCCUGCCAUACACGGUUAUAAAAUGUGUCCUUUAACCACUGGAAUGUCCUGUUCUCGGCACUGAAAUUGACGCUGACCUGUUAGAUUUUGUUUUUUUGAAAAUAUGGCUGCGCUCUUGUGUGUAAUACAGUGUGUAUUGGAUUUUUGCUUGUGCCAUUACAUUUCAUUUCCCUGCAAAAGAAAACUGUGAAGAGAGGCCCAAUACGGCCCUUCAUCUCAACUCUGGUUACGCAUCCUAUAUAUGCCAAUAGGAGAGAAAAGUGUUAAGUGAAAUACUGCAUCUGAAGGGUCGAUUGCUGUUAGUGUUGUUUAGAUAUGAGGCUGAUGUUUCUGAUCUGUUUGAUCCAGUAUGUUGUUGCAGGUUCAACACUAUAUUUAUGGUAAAUUAAGACCUACCUUGAUGGGUCAAAAUGGAAGGAUCUGUGUUCACUUCACAUGUGGAACCAGCAUUGGGUUAAUCUGGAACAUGCACAACUGUCAAACUGGAAAAGUAACACACAACUCUUUGGUUCUGUUUUAUAUUAAAAGGCACAGACAUUAUCAUAUACCUUUAUCUACAAUUUGGACAAAUAAAGCUUAGGAAUAAGCAGCUAUACAAAACCUAAAUAUAUAUAUGUAUAUCCUAUCAAAUGUUUAUAAUAAAUUAUAACUAGAGAUAGCACCACUAAUGAAUUAGGGGUGGGACUUGACAGAGACCUCCUGAUUUGACAUUACGUUAUUUGGCUACCGAUUAAAUUCUGUGGUUAUUGCGAUCGGAUAUUGCGGUAAAACUUUUUAACAUUUCUUACUGAAGAUGCUCUUACUAAUAGGCUACAUAGUAGGAAUAUCGUUUGCUUCGAUUUUGUUGGUACUUUCUAAUUGAAGGGCCAUUUUCACUGUUCUCAGUUUCAGGUGUGCCUCAAAUCAGUGAGGAUGGUGCAACUGCAUAAACACCACAUGUUUCAUUAGUCAAAACUAGUAAUGUAGAAUAAAUUAGUACAGAAAUCAUAUAAUCUACCCUUACAUUAGAGUUUGUGAUUACUGAGAUCACACUUACAUACAAGGGAGUGGUAAUGACUGUGCCUUAUGGUCAUACUGGAAAAACACAACAUUCCACGUCUAUACUUUGUAAAACUUUCCUGACUUCCUUUUUUUAUAUUGUUUUGAUAUUAUGGUUGCUUUUCUUCAUGUGCCAUGGGUACAAAAAAAAAUAUGAUAAAUUGGAUUAUGAAACUCUA